AUGUCCGUGCAAUCUUCUCUGUCGUCAGGGUCGGGAGCGCCGCAGGGCGCCGCCAAUAUCAUCGACCUGGACCGCUACAUGCGUGCAGCAGUCCGCCCUGGACAGUCCCCAAGACACGAACGACGAUGCCAGCGUCUGGUGGUGGAUGCGGGCGGUAUAUGCCGCAAGAAGGGCCGCGGCAAAGCUAGCUGCAGCAGCAACAGUGGCACCGCUACAGCAACCGGCAGCGACAGCGGUGGCCUGCUCCACGCGAAGCGGUUCUCCCACGACUCGGGGCUUUCGGACGGUAGUAAUCCUCGACACAGGCGGCGAUCGUAUAGACGAGAGGGUGGCAACGUAACUACGAAUAGAUGUAGGGAUUCAGCACGAGCGCAUGGAUCUACAUCAUCGCUGCUAGCGUUCCGGGCGGCAUGUGAAAGGGCACUUCGUGAACAACAGGAGCAGAUAGCCCGAGUGGCCCAGCUCUGCGAACAAUUAGGCGAGAAACAAAAUGACCGUCGUAGUGAGAGGCAUACAGAACGUCGUGGCGAUCGGCGUCCCGAACGAACGAAGCAAGAGCGAUCGAAACUGGACCGACCGAAGCUAGACCGAUCGAGGCCCAGACCAAACCCCGAAUGUUCGUCCUCAAGUAUUGAAUCUACUGAUUUUAGCUCAAGUAGUCGCAGUGCAAGAGAACGACGCAAGGAUAAACAUCGGACAGACGAAUGUAAAACAUACAAAAUCAUAAUGAAUAAAUUGGAUGAGUUGAGUCAACUAUUUGCGGCCAGGCGUCCGGUGCCGCCUGUAUCUCUGGGUUCCAAGCAACCAAAGUUUGCUGCAGCCCGCGUAGCUUCCUCUGGAUCUGUGUCCGUAUCGGAUAAGUUUGUCGCUACAGAACCGGACCUUAGAGCAUGUAUAACAUCGAGGAACUUAUCGCCCACUGUUCAGAUAUUGCUUACACCUCGACCAACCGAACGCAAAGUGGGCUUGCAAAUACAAACGCAAGCGACUGGAACUAAUCCAAUUACUGGGGAAGAGGAAGCGGAAAUACGCCAAAGAGAUUUAAAAGUUGAUGCAAAUCGUACGGAAGGGAAGCGAGAAAAUGAGGGAACGGGUCUUAAUCGCCGGCUUGCUAUAACGCGUGCUAACUUUCUUGAAAUAGCACCCUCACCAAGGAAACGUCCUAAUAUUACUACAGAAAGUGUUGUGCAACGGGAGCAUAGCUUAGAGUCAGUUGGGGAUCGUUUAUCCAACUUUGAUCUAGAGGACCCUAUCCGUCUGUAUGCGCAAGCGAAACGGCUGCAGGCUCUCCACACAACGACUCGCCGGGCACGAAGCGAAGAUCGCACAAUGUUAAAUGAUCGCCUAGGUGUAGGCAAACUGGAUGGCCGAUUCGACGAGCGUUUAAAAGGCGACUCCCUCUGCGCUCGGUGUAGAGGAUAUUGGAGGGCGUUUCGUCACUGCUUCCCGUCCCAGUUGUUCUGCCGGCCGGAAGACGCUUGCGCUUGCUGA